AUGGGGGCCGUGUGGGGCAACAACACUCAGGAUCCCGGGGCUGAUGGGGGUCAGCUGGCCAUGCUGCAGGCACCCCAGUACGCCAUCCCGCCUGAGCACGGCAAGCGCCUGGAGCGGCUGGCCAUCGGGUUCUUCCCCGGGAGCUCCCAGGGCUGUGAUGCCUUCCUGCGGCACAAGAUGACCCUCAUCUCGCCCAUCAUCCUCAAGAAGUAUGGGAUCCCGUUCAGCCGGAUCACACAGGAAGCCGGGGAGUUCAUGAUCACGUUUCCCUAUGGCUACCAUGCUGGAUUCAAUCACGGGUUCAACUGUGCAGAAUCUACCAAUUUUGCCACUUUGCGGUGGAUUGAUUAUGGCAAGGUGGCCACUCAGGUAAGUGCCUGCAGAGCCUGUGAAGGGGUCUAAAUGGGGGGUCAGCCC